UCCAAUGCGCACUAAACACGAUCAGCUCUAAAGCACGCGAAAGCGAAAGUGAAGCGAAAUUCGUGACGUCAACAAAACAUUCGAAACGCGUCCACCACUGUUGACGACAUGAAUUUCGCUGCGCACAAGCUUUUGCGUGAAGUAUGAACCGCGCUUAACGAGCAUAUAAAAGAGUUUGUAUAACCUUGCUACGCAAAUUCGCUCCGUGAAGAUCGGACGAAAGACAUCAUAAGUUGUCGAGAUCCGACAGAAAUAUUGUGCCGCCAUAAACGAUGGAAAGCGGGAACGGAAAAUGUCGGAUCCUGCCAAAAAGGCCCUUGCUCACCCCAGAGACAGUGCCCAAGUUUGUGAUUCCCGGGAGCACCGUGAGCCCGAAAACUCAGGUGGACAGCCCCCCUCCGUUCAAACAUUGCACCGCCUAUGGCAGGCGUUCUCCCUCAGAGUCACCGUUAACGAACGACCCGCCAACCUCUCCCCUCGCGUCGUCACUCCGGGUCCGUCUCGAUAACUACCGCCAGCUAGGCCGACAAUCUUCAGCGCUCCUAUUGAAGAGGCCCAAUUCGAUUGAAGAGCAUUCAGACAGCGAUCCUGGCUACAAGCUGGCCAUGUCCCUUCGCCAUAUGCCCAAGACAGCAUCGGCAUACGGUUUCGUAAGUCUCUCCGGCAACCCGAGGACUACCAGGAAAGAGUCGCUGUUUUUCCCGCGCGGGUCGAAGGUUGCCAGCUCUCGUCUCCGCUCAAGAAACUCCGCGGGUUUGCUCUGUUCGGAAAUAUCCGAUACGUCCGCGGAUAGUUCAUCGCCGAUACCGCCACAAAUCAAGAGUAGAAGGUUCUCCCGAUGUAGAGAUCCAGUUGAACUAUCGAACGACGAAUCAGAAGACGAUAAUCUGGUAACCAGCGAGAGGAAAAGACGCUGGGCGAAGGCAUCUAAAAAGAGAAGGAAUGGGAUAAGGCUACCUAGCCAGACCGGUCGACAAGAACAAGAUGUGUAUGACUCAUCAGAUGCAGACCAUAGCGCACUUGAGGACAGCCCAGAUUUAAGAAAAAAUCGGAGAUCGAAACAACUAACACUGCGCGAAACAGAGGCCAUAAAAGAGACUAAUCGGGCUUUCGCGUUACAGCAGUUACACUUGAGAUGUGCCCGGCAACGGCAAACCGUCAGCGACCUGGGCGGAUUGGAGGUAGCGCUACGGUACGACGUGCCAUCCAAGCGGCUGUGGGUCCUGCUUAUUCGCGGUGAGAAUCUCGACCAGGGGAAUGGGCUUUCCCCGAAGCAAGUCUGCUCCUUCGUCAAACUGCAGAUUCGAUCCGAGCAGAGCAACAAGUGCCAGACUCAGACCUCCGCGACCGUGAGGAACACCUGCGAUCCUUUUUACGACGAGGAGUUUGCCUUUGAGAACUUUGGUCGCGGAAACAUCAAGAGCGCCCGUUUGCGCCUGAAGGUAUGCCGGGAGCGACGGGGCAUGCCAUCGGCCAGUGUCGGUGAGAUCUGGCUGGACCUCUUGCAACUUGAACAAAACGGAUUCAUGCACUGCCAAGAAGAUUUGAAGCCAAAACAUCUCUUUAAACGUAAGGAUCCGAAGAAGUUACAUAUUGCGCUCAGUUACCGCCCCAAUACACGAUGUCUGACUGCGGUGGUCGUCAAAACACAAAAUGUCCAUUCACUUAGCUUUGUAAAAGGUUACCGUGUGGAGGUAGAACUUACCCAAGUAAGCCCCGACGGAAGCAGCCUGGUCACCGAAACUGCGCAGACCCGGCUACGCCACGGGUUCUCCACGUCGCCCGUCUUCAAGGAGGCCUUCUCCUUCUGCCUUAACGAGACUCGGAACAUCCGCGACGGCUUGACCUUAGUCUGCCGGGUCAUCCAGACGGAAACGUGUGGGAGGAGGUGCUCCCCCAUCGGCCUGGUCCGCUUCGGAGUCGGCUCCACGCAGAAGAGCGAGAUGGACCAGUGGCAGACCCUUUUGCGUCGACUCGGUCGCCAAACCACACAGUGGCACGCGCUUGUGCCUGCCUGAGCAGCCAUUUAACGGCCAACUGCAUCACUGGCAAACGGUUAUUUUUUAUUGACUUUAAGACCGAUUCGUACUCGGCGAAAAAGCGAACGCGAAACGCGAAUUUGUGACGUCACGUCAAAAUUCCCGCUGCCAAUUCUCAAAAGUUGAACACAUUUCAACUCCGGCAAAUUUCGCAGCGAAUUGCUUCGUGACGUCACUCGCAUCGCAAUUCGCAUGAAGUAUGAAUUACCAGUCAUUCCAUCAUCGAUUCUGACUUCGAAUAUGGGAUUGAGAACCAGUGUAGUUCAGUACUGGUACGCUUUGUAUGUAAUGGUUUGGUUUGAUUGGGCUGUGAUACUGCUGGGCUCCUUUUCGAUUUUAUGUUCAGUAUUUUGGAUUCAUGAGCACAGGUGGCCUAUUGCUUAAAUAAUUUCUAGUGGGUUCGUGUUCUCAUGUUUAGGUUGAGAUUUGUAAAUGUAUUUUAAGAAAAUGUUUACCUCCUCGAUCCAAGACUCGGGAUGUCUUAGGUUUAUAGCCUGUUUGUUGUGUCUAGUGUUUAUUCUAAUGUCUCUCCUGUUUAUAUUAUUAUUAUUAUUAUUAUAUGUAUACAUUAAAAUGCACAAAACGUUAUUUCGAUCACAGCUUAGGUCAUGAGCGCACCUGAUAAUUGUGUUGAUGAAACAUGGUUUAAGGAAGAUAAAGUUGUUUUAGACUUUGAAGGGAGUUGUGGGCCGAUUAUUUAUGGCCAAAUAAA